AUGGAAGAAGGCCACUUUGAGAACUUACCCGGUAAAGGCAAACUCUUGAACCUCCACACAAAUCCUCACAGAGACCCAGCUGAGGAUACAUUGUAUCGGAUUCUGAACAAGAACGGGUUUGCUCCUGAAUGGGUGGAACUCAACAAAGAGAUAAGAAACAAAGCAAAAGAAUGGAGAGUUACACUGAAGAAAGCAUGGACAAUGAAACUCGAGGAAGACCAAUCGGGUUGGGAAGAGAGGUCAGAUUUGCUGAAAAACAUGGCAAGUACUCAAACUACAAAUCAAGAUUCUGUUUUUAGGUACAACCUGAUCGCUCCUUUUGGGCGUCAAAUGUUUGGUCUGAAGUGGGAGAAAGAGAUUGAUCGCUUGAAAGAAUAA